AUCAGGAGACACAAUAACAAUGUCAAGAAGAGUAUACAAAGAUUUUGUUUAGAAUGACCCAUAUAUAUUUAUACACCCAAAGAAUAGUAUCUAGAAAAUUUAUUGUAGGUAUUUAUGACGUGACAAAAUGCGUGGCGUAGUGGUCGUGUUGUCCUGUGUACUCGCGCUCGCCGCCACCAGCUCUGUCAACUACUGCGGCGCCAAGAUGUGUGGACGCAAGAAUACACAUACUUUCUGCCAGUAUCCAGAAAGCCCAAGUGAACGGUGCGAUGACUACAUAUACAGUGGGCUUACGUCAGAGGAGAAGAGAGCGGUGUUGGAACGGAUCAACGGUUUCAGGAAUUCUGUAGCAUGCGGCAUGCAUCGCAGCAUACCUCCAGCUGCAAAUAUGUUGAAAAUGCGUUGGGUUGACGAAUUGGCUCGUGAAGCUCAGCUCUGGGCAAACCAGUGUGUCCCGCCGCAGCGCGUCGAAGAACACGACACUUGUCGUGAUCUAUAUUCCGUGACUGUCGGUCAGUGUGUGGCGUCGAUAAUGGGAGAUAGGCCAGUCAAAGUCGAGCAAUUGGUCGACAUUUGGUACAUACAAAGCAUAUAUUACAACCUCAGUGUGAGCUACUACGUACCUCCAAAGAACGGCAGCAAAAACUACUACGGUGAUUUUGCGCAACUCUUUUAUGCGAAAAGUUACAUGGUGGGCUGUGGUCGCAGUCGAUUUUUUGCGCAAUGGAAAGGUCGUCGGCAGCGCGUGGAGCGUCUAGUCUGCAACGUAGCACCGCGUGGGCCUCAAGUGGGGCACUCAAUUUAUACUCCCGGUGGACCACUUUCUUCGUGCCCAUAUGGUUGGGAGGCGAAUGAAGCAUUCCUUUGUAAUAUCCACCAAAAACAAAAUGUUGUUUUAUCACCCAAGUCAUCAACGACGCUUGAAGAUAUUUUACUUUUAAAUACUGUAUUAGAAAUAGAAGAAAAUGAGACAUUAAAUUAUUCAGGGAGUAUGGAUGAGAUUUACUUAACUAAACUGAAUAGUACAAUAAAGCCAAAGCAAAGGAGAGAAGUCGACGAUAGUGCAGCUGAAUUUGAACCACAAGCUACAGAAGCAGAAAACUUCAUACAGGACACAGCUAACACAACUUUGCAAUUGCAAACAGAAACGUCAACACAACUCACUAAACCCAGACAAACAAAAUAUGAACAAGGACUAGAUUGGGUCGGAGAACCAGACAUUUACGAUAUGGAAGAUGCAGAUAAUUACAAUGCAGAAACAGAAAUUAUCGAACCCAUUGAAGAAACACGAAAGACAAAUAAGAUAUUUGAUGGGUUUGUUAAUACAACCAAUGAUAAUACAACUUCUAAAGUUUUAUUAGACGAUAAAGAAGAUUCAGGUUCCACUGGUUCCACUGAUGUGUCCGAAGAUCCAAGUACUGUUGAUGAUUAUGAAGAUGAUAGUGUCAGGGGCAAAUCGACUCGUGAAAUAAAUGAAGAAUUUGAGCGUAAAGAACGUAUUGCAGAACCAAAGAAAAAGAAAUCAAGAAAGGUACGAAGAGAGCUGGUCAAUGAUACUGUAGAAGAAUUAACAACAGUUAAAUAUGUACCGUCUGUCGAAGGCCAUAAUCCAUUAGUAGCUGUCGUUAAACUAAUACCAUCUCUGGCGGAUUAUAAUUUGAAUAACUAUGCAAGCGAUGAAGAGUUCAAAAAAUUCGUUGCUCGUGAAGCUCAAGGUAAUAUGGCUGGUCAUGUCACUUGCGACAGUUUUAGCGUUGUGUUUGUAAUUUUUCGAUAUAUUUUUAUAUUAUUUCGUUUCGUUUUGUAACUGUUUCAAAUUCUUGGAAUAAAGAUGUUGACAUA